AUGUCAGACACAAUUCGUCCGCCAGGAGCAUUCCCAAAAGAGAUCACGGUAGAAGGGAAAACAUACCCGACAGACGAAUGGAUGAACACGCCGUCUACAAUUCUGUCUGCAAUCCCUCGACGUCUCCAUCUUCAGCCCGACCACCCCCUCACCAUUACCCGGAAGCUCAUCGAGUCGCGGUUCCCGGGCUACAAGACUCACAACAGCCUGUUCCCCAUUGUCAGCACUGCCCAAAAUUUCGACUCCCUCGGGUUUCCUCUGGACCAUGUGGGACGCAGUCGAACUGACACGUACUACGUGAACAAGUCCACGGUCCUGCGAACGCACACGUCGGCCCACCAGUCUGACACAUUCCGCAACAACGAAAGCGAAGGGUACCUCAUCAGCGCCGAUGUGUACCGCCGAGACGCCAUUGACCGGAGUCACUACCCCGUCUUCCACCAGAUGGAAGGCGCGCGGACGUGGGAUCGCGAGCAAGCAGCAAGACAGGGCAAAACGCUCGCCCGAGUCAUCUGGGAGGAUGUCGAAAAGAUUCCAAAGCACGAUGUGGCCGUCGAGGACCCCAAUCCGACAUUCAAUGCUGAGCGGAAUCCGCUACAACAAGGCCACUCACCGGAAGAAGCAGAGGCCAUUGCUGCGCACCUCAAACGCAGUCUGGAAGACAUGGUGGUGACAAUCUUCAACGCAGCCAAGGGGGCCUCAGGCCCGCAGAGUGGCGCCGAGGAGCCCCUCAAGGUGCGCUGGGUUGAAGCCUACUUCCCCUUCACGUCACCGUCGUGGGAACUCGAGGUCUUCUGGCAGGGCGACUGGCUCGAGGUUCUGGGCUGCGGCAUUGUUUCACAGGCGAUUCUCGACAAUGCUUCGGUGCCGACGCGCAGCGGAUGGGCCUUUGGGCUGGGGCUGGAGCGUAUUGCCAUGCUGCUGUACUCUAUCCCUGACAUUCGGCUCUUCUGGUCAAAAGACGAGCGUUUCUUGUCGCAGUUCAGCGAGCAAAAGCCCAUUUGCCGUUUCGUCCCCUUCAGCAAAUACCCUGCGUGUUUCAAGGACGUGAGUUUCUGGCUAAGCAGUAGUUCAAACGCUGCAGGCGGUGCCGCGGCCAGCCGACAAGAAAGCGGAGCUGUAUCAUCCCACUCGCCCCCGGACACAGCCUCAACGCAGUCACGGCUCCAAGAUGGACAAGAACAACAAGAGCAACAGCCCACAUCUGAUACCGGAACCCCAGACAAUGCAGCAGCGCCCAUUCCCCCCGCGGCGGCCCCGCCAACACCCCCCUCAUUCCACGAAAAUGAUGUCAUGGAGAUCGCGCGCGAGGUGUGCGGCGACCUAGUCGAAGACGUGCGCCUAACAGACACAUUUGUGCAUCCCAAGACAGGCCGCCGGAGCCUGUGCUACCGCGUCAACUACCGCAGCCUGGAGCGCACGCUGACAAACGACGAGACCAACGAGCUGCAUGCGCGCUUGAGGAACUUGCUUGUGGCGCGCCUUGGCGUCGAGCUAAGAUAGGAGGGCAUGAGAAAAGACACGCGUAUACACAUUGUAUGUACCUAAAGGUCAGGAUUUGAAGCCGUGUAUACCGACUAAGAUUCCCAUCACAAAUCACCAUCACUACUAUCACAAUGCUGCAUGAGAUGCUGGCUAGCGUUGAAACCCGCGCAACCUGC